AUGGCAGAUGUGCAACCUCUAGCGUCACUGUCACUGACACACGUUCACUAUGACCCCAAUGACCCUAUUUCGUAUUUUUGUGCGUGGCUAGCCCUCGUCCCUCAAGGCCUCUGCGUCGUCUAUGUUACUUUGAUCUGGUCGACGCGCGAAAUCGAAAUAUUCCUAAUGUUUAGUGGCCAGAUGGCUUGCGAAGCCCUUAAUUUUGCCCUCAAACGGUUGUGGAAGGAAGAACGGCCACGUAGAAUGCAUGGGAAAGGAUACGGCAUGCCAUCAUCUCAUGCUCAAUUUGUGGCAUUUUUCUCAAUCAGCCUGUCCCUUUUCCUACUCUUAAGGCACGUACCCAAACCAGCGGCGCCUUCUCACGCACCAUUGACCCUCGUUUCCCGAGUGGCGAUUUCAUUAAUAGUCUUCUUAAAUGCUAGUUUGGUUGCCUGGAGCAGGAGUUAUCUAAGCUACCAUACAACAAAGCAGAUUUUUAUAGGUUUCAUUGCAGGAUCGUUAAGUGCUGUUUUCUGGUUUGUUAUCACGACAAGCAUAAGAAAGAGUGGCCUGUUAGAGUGGGCCUUGGAACAAUACCCUGCAAGACUACUGAGAAUUCGUGAUAACUUAGUCGAAGAAGAUCUCUGCCAGGCUGGUUGGGAAAAAUGGGAAUACAAAAGAGCUAUUUUGGACCCGAAAAAGAACCAUUGA